CGGCAGGGCGCGGAGCCCGGGACGAAGCUGGCUCAGUCCCACCCCUCGGGGCACGGUUCCCGCCGGCGCGACCCCUCGGGCUGUCUGGUCUUCCGCAGGGCAAGGCGGCGGCCCCGGACGCCCAAGCCCCCUUCCCAGCCCCCAGACAUGGCCCGGGGCGGCGAUCAGAGCUGGCGUCCCGGGGAGUCGGACGGGCAGCCGGAGGAGCGGACCGCCCAGAACAGCAGAGCCAAGAUGGUGAAGGAGACCCAGUACUACGACAUCCUGGGGGUGAAGCCCAGCGCGUCCCCGGAGGAGAUCAAGAAGGCCUACCGGAAGCUGGCGCUCAAGUACCACCCGGACAAGAACCCGGAUGAGGGCGAGAAGUUUAAGCUCAUAUCCCAGGCAUAUGAAGUGCUUUCGGAUCCAAAGAAAAGGGACAUUUAUGACCAGGGUGGUGAACAGGCGAUUAAGGAAGGAGGUUCGGGCAGCCCCAGCUUCUCGUCACCCAUGGACAUAUUUGACAUGUUCUUUGGUGGCGGGGGACGGAUGGCAAGAGAGAGAAGAGGCAAGAAUGUUGUACAUCAGCUGUCUGUAACUCUCGAAGAUUUAUAUAACGGAGUCACAAAGAAGCUGGCCCUCCAGAAAAACGUAAUUUGUGAAAAAUGUGAAGGUGUUGGCGGGAAGAAGGGCUCUGUGGAGAAGUGUCCCCUGUGCAAGGGCCGCGGGAUGCAGGUGCACAUCCAGCAGGUCGGGCCGGGCGUGGUGCAGCAGAUCCAGACCGUGUGCGUCGAGUGCAAGGGCCAGGGUGAGCGCAUCAGCCCCAGGGACCGCUGUGAGAUCUGCGGUGGCGCCAAGGUGACCCGUGAGAAGAAGAUCAUCGAGGUACACGUUGAAAAAGGUAUGAAAGACGGUCAAAAGAUACUGUUUCACGGAGAAGGAGAUCAGGAGCCUGAGCUGGAGCCUGGCGAUGUCAUAAUUGUGCUUGAUCAGAAGGAUCAUAGUGUCUUUCAGAGGCGAGGCCACGACUUGAUCAUGAAAAUGAAAAUUCAGCUUUCUGAAGCCCUCUGUGGCUUCAAGAAGAUGAUAAAAACGCUGGACGAUCGCGUGCUCGUUAUUACGUCCAAGGCAGGGGAGGUGAUAAAGCACGGGGACCUGAAGUGUGUGCACGACGAGGGGAUGCCGAUCUACAAAGCGCCCCUGGAGAAGGGGACUCUGAUCAUCCAGUUCUUGGUCACCUUCCCCGAGAAACACUGGCUGCCUCCCGACAAGCUCCCCCAGCUGGAGGCCCUCCUGCCCCCUCGACACAAGGUGAGGGUCACGGACGACAUGGACCAGGUGGAGCUGAAGGAGUUCGACCCCAGCGAGCAGGGCUGGCGCCAGCACAGGGAGGCCUACGAGGACGACGACGACGGGCCGCGGGCCGGGGUGCAGUGCCAGACGGCGUGAGCGGCGCCCUGAGUGUAAAGUUGGCACAAUGAAAACGGCAUCACCUCCCGGCCCCGUGCGUGGCGUGUCCGUGUGUGUGUCCAGCAUCCUCAGCUGCCGAGGGUCGUCUUGGUUCUGUUGUGCUUUUGGUUGUAACUUAAGUUAUAGCUUAAUUUAUAUUUAAAUGUUCUGAGUGUGAAUUA